CCUCCAAAGGGGGCAGGAUUGCACCUCUCUUUACUAAGUCUGUCAGCAAACAGCUGAACACCUCUAGUUUCAGGCAUGUAACGAUUAAAAAUAGUCAUGCGUACUCAGCAGAUUAUAAAGAGCUGUUGGAAAAUGCAAUCUUCUUCCUGAUCAGCCCUGGCCUUUGUUUGUAAGUGAUCAACCAUCCCCUCAACUGAUCAGUUCUUUUCCUGCACAGCCAGGAGGUUUCCAGCAGCAGCCACAGCAGCCACGGGCAGUACAAUACUUAGAAAGGUUCCCAGAAGGAUGGCCUCCCUCUUGGAGCUGAAGGAAAUCUUCCGCAAUGCCGAUGCAGUGUGCUUUGAUGUGGAUAGUACAGUCAUCAAGGAAGAAGGAAUUGAUGAGCUGGCAAAGUUCUGCGGAGUUGGGGAUGCUGUAGCAGAAAUGACACGGAGAGCUAUGGGCGGCUCUGUGACAUUCAAAGCUGCUUUAACAGCACGACUAGGACUCAUUCGUCCCUCCUGGGAACAAGUGCAAAAAUUAAUUUCAGAACAUCCUCCUCAGCUCACGCCAGGCAUAAGGGAGCUGGUGAGCAGGCUUCAUCAGCGAGGUAUCCAAGUCUUCUUAAUAUCCGGAGGGUUUCAGAGCAUUGUGGAGCAUGUCGCUUUACAAGUGAACAUUCCAACAACAAACGUGUUUGCCAAUAGACUGAAAUUUUACUUUAAUGGCGAAUAUGCAGGGUUUGAUGAGACACAACCAACAGCUGAGUCAGGUGGAAAAGGAAAGGUUAUCAGCCACUUGAAGGAACAGUUUCACUUUAAGAAGGUAGUUAUGAUUGGAGAUGGAGCUACAGACAUGGAGGCAUGCCCCCCUGCUGAUUGCUUCAUUGGAUUUGGAGGAAAUGUAAUCAGGAAACAAGUAAAGGAGAAAGCCAAAUGGUACAUCACUCACUUUGAUGAACUGCUUAAAGAACUUGAAGAACGAUAAGUUAUACAGAAGCAUUUUUUUUAACAACAAUUGUAGAUCAAUAUAUAUAAUGCAAUUAAACAUAUUUUUGUUUGCGCAGCUGUGCGCUGAAUAUUUGUAUUUGAUACUUCCAGAUAACUUCCCCAGAUGUUCCCUCUUGUACUUGCAGCUCACAUUGCAAGUGGUCCCAUUCCCAUACACUACCUAAACAUUGUCUAAUCAGAAUUUUUAUGGGACAAUAGAUGACUCAUCUGAUAAUCUUCUCCUAUGUGGAAAAGUCAAUGGAUGCACACUCUAGUUUAUCACAGCUGAAGACCCAUGUUAAGAAUUUAAUGGUAGGUUAAUACUUUAUUGGUUUGUGGUUACUUUAUAAUGUAUGUUUCUUCAAAUCACUAUGGGCCUCAUUCUGUUACCUCUAUUUCCCUUGGUACAUAGAAUCAUAGAACACUAGAACUGGAAGGGUUCUCAAGAAGUCAUCAAGUCUAGUCCCCUGCCCUUAAGGCAGCACCGAGCACCACUGAGCUGGGGAUCACCAGAAUGACAGGGAGGGAAAGGCAUUGGAUUUCUGGCUGCAGCCUGACCUACAUAAACUAGAACACCAACUGGCUACGGUCCCUGUUAGGCCAUAUGCCAGCUGAGAGUUGGCCAAACAGCCACAUAUGCCAACACCCCACUCUCCCAGCCUGACACGGAUACAGAGGGCAGUUGGUACAGGGCCCAGCUGUGCUGACUCUGUGUCAGUAGAGAAGUCAUUCUGCAAAGAAGCCACGGGUACAGAAUCUGGUGCCAUGUUCUUGAUGUGCAUUUGUUUUCUUUGUGGAAACUGAGAGUGACUCCAUAGUGAGCUGAAAAUCUGCUUUGAAAUUUAAAAAAUAAGCAGCUGCCAUUUGCUAAAAAGCAGUCAGGGCUCCCACUACCAGCAGAGGAAUACCCUACUUAGCUAUGCAAUGUAUAAGUCACUAACCGCAGGCACUGGCUAGACAGUUUCAGAGGGUACAACCGUGAGUGCCACUGCCUGUGCACAGUGAAUGCUUAUUCGCAACGCUCUUAAAAGUUCAGAUUUCACACUCCACUUACAGUGGUAUAGGAGGGACAGACGUGUACAGCAUGAUUACAGCUGUGUCACUCCCAGGAUAUUAGGAGGAGUGCGGGUUGGUCCAAUAAAAGAUAUUACCAGCCCUAUGGCAUGUCUCAGGCCUAAGUGCAUAAUUUUCUGCACACAAUUCCAAAAUACUGCAUGACAUCAGGAGGAGCAGCAUUUUUCCUCCCUGGAAAGAUGAGCCAACUCUCACCCAAAGAUUUUGUUUGGGUUCCUCCCGUCAAAUUUGUUUGUUCUAGGAAUGUUAAAAAUCAUGUAAUAGGGUAACUGGUGUAACUGCUGAAAAUCUGUGGCUGCACAGUUACCCGCACUGCGGGCUCAGCCACCCCAGGAGGGGGCCACCAGCCCAGCUCCACUCGUGGGAAGGGGGCGUCCCUGCGGCAAUGAAGCCACCUUUCCAGCAGUGGAGCUAGCAGAUCUUGCCUGCCGGGGAGGCGCUUUGAGUGUAACUGACACCAUCAAUCAACAAACAUUUGCUUAUCCGUUAAAUAGUUGUUUACCCUCCAACAUCCCUAGUUUGUUUGCAAAGUUUAUUUGGUGAACACCAAGGAGCCACUAAACUCAAGAGCUGAUUUAUUUUUGAAAAGUGUUCUUCCCAAACAGACCUUUACUAGUGAGGACUGACUCAGAGGACAACAUCCGCUCUGCUUAAGAAAUCUGCAACGGUACUUUAGUAAGGGGGCCAGCAGUAGGCUGUUUGCGACAAGACUCUUCAGCAGCCUACGAAAAAUACUCUCUCAAAUUCAUCUGGAAAGAAAUCUCAGCAAGUUCUAAGUACAGCUCAUGUACAAUACGUCUUUUGUUCGGGUAGGAGUGUUUGAAUAAGGCAAGAAAAAGCUCUUGCUAUUAUUCAGUGUUUCUCUGCUCUCCUCUAAGAUGCAGCUAUAGAGUUUCUAGGCAUGAGAGAGUUUUUUGAACAGAUAUCCUUACAAAAAAAAAAAAUCUAACCUCCAAGACAGCAGUUACAGCACUCAUUCAGGUCCUGAUUCUACAAACACUUAUGGGCAUACUUAAUUUUAAGCAUGAGUUGUCAGUCAAUGUGCUAAUUUAAGCAGGUGCAGAAGGGUUUGUAGAAUUGGAGGCCUUAAUGUAUGUCUAAAAACUUUGAUUGUACCUGAUAUUUCACAAGAUUUAUUCCAGAGUGAUUGCUCUGAAAAACAAGAAAACCAUUUUAUACUAGGCAAACAUCAAGCCACCCCUCUUCCUUGAUGGAAUUAAACAUUAUUUAGCUCAGUAAGCAGGUGGCUCUUCUCCUGGCUGACCUGUUUGCUCUGUAAAACAUGGAGUGCUGAUCAGAGGCAGUGAGAAUAGCAUGGAAUGCUAAGCAGUGAGAAUAGCAGCAUGAGGAAAGGUUCUAGUCAAACUGCAUACAAGAUCCAUCACAAGAGACCCAAGAAAGUUUUGGGAAACAGUGCAAGGGGUUAAGCUAAAUUGCUAGGAGUGGGAUAGGAGAAAGUAGGGGAAUUUAAUGGGCGAAGGCCAGUGCUCGCAUAUGAAAAAUCGUCUCUUCAGUUUAUCCUCAAGCACAUAUUUUAUGUCCUUUUCCCUGAUAUGUUAUCUUAGCUGCUUAGAUUGUAAGUUCUUGAGCACACAAGCCCUCUUUUACUCUAUUUGCAUGAUGAUUUCAAAAAUUAGACACUAUGUGCUGCCAUAAUACCAAUAAUAAUAAAGUUAGGAAACUAUUAAGUUGAAAGACCAGAUAUGUAUCACAUUCAUGUAUUAGCUAGGCCAAAAAGGCAAGGUUAGUGCAUUAGCUUUUCACACGGGGAAACCAAAGUGCAAAUAUUAAUGCCUCUCAACAGUAAAAACAGUACCUUAAAGACUAACAAAACAUGUAGAUGGUAUCAUGAGCUUUUGUGGGCACUAGAGGCUUGAGAUCUACAUGUUUUAUUAGUCUUUAAGGUGCCGCUAGACUAUUUGUUGUUUAAGUUUUUCCUGUUACAGACUAACUCGGCUAACCCUCUGAAGCUUGUCAAUAGUAAGUUUAGGCAUCUGGACUGGAGCCUUCCAGAGUACAGGGGAUGGAAAUUACAGGCUAACAUGCAGGAUUCAGCCUAGUCUCCACUGUCUAGCACAGCAAAGCCAUCCACUAAUAUCCAGAAAUAAUCAGGUAGCUCUACUCAAGAGAGGCCUUGCAAUAGAAUGAAACAAGAAUGAUGUAGCUCAAGGGGUUAAGACCGAGGUAUCAGCAGAACGUUAAAGCUUGCAGUGCCGGUCUCAUACUGGCAUUGCUCAUCCCCCACUCUUCUGAGUAUUGAAUGUGUUCAAUAAUUAAAGGCAAAAAAACUCACCCCCACACAAGGCACACCCUUGAUAAAAUUAGCGUGGAUCAUUUGCUGCCAUAAACUGCAAACAGACAUGGGCCCCUGUAUCCGAUAUGGAGAUCUGCUGGCUCUCCCUGGGGUGCAGGCCUCCACACCAGGUGAUCUAAUUGAGGGAUCAGAGCUGUGGGCACAGUUCCCAUUUCCACAUAGUAACACUGCACACACUUGCUACUUAUUAUCUUAUUUGGAAAUUGUAUGUAAAGAAAAUAUCACCCCAUAGCAUGUCUUUGUGGGAGUUAUAAGCGUCUGAGAAAAGGCAUUAUGGCAAUAUUGGCCAUUUCAGCUGAAAUACUGUAUACUCCCCCUGCCCCUUUUCCAUAACAGAAACCAUGCAACUAAAUGGAGACAUAUGGUGCCAGUAAUAUGUGAAAAUUAAAAGGAUUUUAUUGACUGAUAUGUUAUUGCAGAAAACUCAUUGAAAUGUACAAACUGGACAUUCAAUAUGUGAUUUGUACAUACAUUAUAUUACAGGGAUUUUUUAAACUAGUUAGAAUAGACAGUACUGUUUUCACUUACAGAAUGGUCAUAUCAUAAGUACUGAAAAAGUCGAUAUGCUCUAAUCUAAAAGUGAAAUCAAAACAGAAUUGGAUAUGAUACAUUGCUUUACGCUAAUCAUAGUGACUCAACAUGCACCGUCAUCACACAUUGUUUCAGAUGUAUAUACUGCACUGAAACAUCUGAAGUCAUGAUUGCUUAUUAAAUAAAACCUCUUUUCCUAGCCUUGAGAAUUAUUUUCAGAAAAACAUAAAACAAAACAUGUAAAACAUGCCCUUGACUGUAAAAUUUCACACCACUGUUCCUUGCAAAUGUUUAUUCGACACUGUAGAUCAUACAGCCCAAAGCAUUGAUUAAAUGAUUCCAUAAAGUUAAUUCCAGAUAGACACCUAGAUAGAUGUUUCAUUUGUUUGUUUCUACUUCAGAGUCAUAUCAAAAUAGAAUCCAUUAUUGUCCGUACAUUUAUCAACUAGCACCUGAUUUGUAACUCAUUUUCUGCUCAUACUUGCACUUUGAUUAUAAGAGAAAGUAGUUUAGUAAUUCUACUGCAUGUUAUAAUUUAAAUAUUCUCAGCUACUUUGUAAAUUUAGAAUUAUUUACUGGUUCAAUUCCCAAUAAAACUGAUAUAAUGGUAUGAAUUUCUCAGAUACAAAGCUUUGUUUUAAAUCUCUCCUUUUUAUGGGAACCAACCACCAUUAAUUUUUUGAUUAGUAAUUAUUACAAAUACAGUUUCCAUUAUACAAAAGCCCCCUGAACAGUAACAAUGUCCCCAGGAUGUAAGUACAGCAUUAUUUCAACUUUAAAGAGCAGAUGUGCAACUCACCCUUUGCAGCUACUGAUGCGUUGGCAUCGAUACAACAUCAGGACACAACCUGUACAUGUAUGCCUGGCUCAACUCGAGAU